CCUGCCCUGCGCCCUGGGGAGGUUUCAGGCUUUGUCCGGAUACGUGGAGGGACGUGACGUGAGGCGGUCCUACAGACAAUCCGGGAUAACCACUGCCAGCUCAAACUUUGUCUUUUCUUUAAACAAAAAUGGCUCCCUCCACUUCUUCUCACCUCUUCUCUGUGUGUUUGCUCGCCUUUUUCCUCUCGGCGGUGAACUCCCAGUAUGAAAAGUAUAGCUUCAGGAGUUUCCCCAGACAUGAGCUGAUGCCCCUGGAGUCCGCCUACAAGUACGCGCUGGAUCAGUACACGGCGGAGAAGUGGCAGGAAACGGUGGAGUACCUGGAGGUGUCGCUGCGGCUCUACCGACUGCUGCGGGACAGCGAGGCCUUCUGCAAUCUGAACUGCAGCUCUGUGCGGCUGGACGACGAGCAGAAGUUUGCGGACUUUCCCGAGCUGCGGGCGUUCGGGAAUGUGAUGAAAAGGGCGCAGUGCCUGAAGCGCUGCAAGCAGGGGCUGCCAGCUUUCAGGCAGAGCAUGCCCGGCAGGGACACCAUCGAUGAGUUUGAGCAGAGAGAGCCCUACAAAUACCUGCAGUAUGCCUACUUUAAAUCGAACAACCUGGCCAAAGCUGUGUCUGCUGCUCACACCUUCCUGCUGAAACAUCCUAAUGAUGAGAUGAUGCAGAGGAACAUGGCUUAUUACAACAGUCUACCUGGAGCUGAAGAACAUCUAAAAGAUCUUGAGACCAAAUCCUAUGAGACUUUAUUUUUGCGAGCAGUGAAGGCGUACAAUGGCGAUAACUUCCGCACGUCAGUGUCGGACAUGGAGCUGGCGCUGAGGGAUUUCUUCAAGGUCUACGACGAGUGCCUGGCUGCGUCUGAGGGUCCGAGACACGUCAAAGAGUUUAAAGACUUCUACGCUUCUAUAGCUGACCACUACACUGAAGUCCUUGAAAGAAAGGUGAUGUGUGAAAGUGACCUGACUCCCGUAGUCGGAGGCUUCGUUGUUGAGAAGUUCGUGGCAACGAUGUAUCAUUACCUGCAGUUCGCCUAUUACAAAUUGAAUGACCUAAAGAACGCGGUGCCGUGUGCUAUCAGCUACAUACUGUUUGACCCCAACGACGAAGUCAUGAACAACAACGUGGCCUAUUACAAGUACCACAGAAACAAGUGGGGACUGACGGAGGAGGACUUCCUCGCCAGAGCAGAGGCAGUGCGCUACUACAAUCAGACCACCCUGCAGCUGCAGAUGUUGGAGUUCUCAAAGCAACGCCUUGCCAGCGAUGAUGAGGGGGAGGUGGUGGAGUUUAUAGACGAGUUUCUGGACGAGGACCAAUAGCACACAUGGAAAAACUCCAAAAUACUCAAUCAGAAAUGAUUAAACACUCCAACCGUUUGUAUUUAUUUAAAUACUUAGAGUUUUUAACUUAAAAUUUUUUGUUUUACCUCCACUUUUAAUGCAUCAAUUGUGUUCCUGAUUUGUCAUUUUGUGCAGUAAAUAUUCAGUUUUGCUGUCUUCUAAAUUCAUUCCAUACUGUGAAUCGUGGAUGAUGUUGAUGUUGUUUUUUUAUUUCUAUAAAAUAUAUUUCCUUGUCUAUAACUUAUAGGCACAGAUGUUAGGUUCAGUGUUGUUGCUACAUUAAUAUAUUCUUUGAGAAAUAUUCUUUGUUUGGUACAUUAAAAGGAAGAAAAGGCUUAAAUAGGCACUAUUCCAUAAUCCAUAAUACAGAUCAACAUUGCAUCAUACCUUUAGGCAAAGUCUGAACAGUUAUUUUUGGUAUCCAUGCUUAAAAUAAUUACCUUGGUGGGUUAAUUAAUGAGCUAAUUCUCUGUUCCAGCCCAGAGAUUUUUCUUCGCUUCAGCUUUAAUUAAAAAGAAAAAAGCCACAAAAAAAGCGGUGGAGAACGUGAUAAAGUGCAGAGCGGAGGCAUUCAGAGAAAACACUAAGUUGGUUAUUAAUGUUUGAACAUUGAGUCUCUGUGCAGUUUGUCUCACAGUGGUGUUAGAAACCCACAGGGGAACAUUCCCCCUGUGUUACUGCGUGUCGCAGGUCUGCAUUCUCACUCUCUUCUGUCUCUUUUACUGCCUUUCUUUCACCACCGACCGCAUUUCGACCUCUACUCCUCUGACUUUUUUUAUCGCACUAAGGAGUUUUGGUAAAUUAAAAAAAGUUGGCUGAAAAUAAUCACAUCUGCUGUGUCAUGAACGGAUACAAGGGUGGUUAUCAGAAAGCAAGGUUUCAGGAAGCACUGUUAACAUGAUUUACCGUGCCUUAAAAAGUAACAGCAAACCUCAGUGUAAUUUAUUGGGAUUUUUUUUCCUGACAGCCUAAUAACUGAAAAUCAGAAAGGUUUUGUAUUCCGUGCUCUUUCCUCUGAUACCACUGAAUAAAAUCUGCAACACAA